GCCUCGCUUGCAGCGCAAGACGCCUCGCCCUCCAAAAAACGCCUCCAGCCAACUUUUGGUUCCCCUUUGCUAAAAGCAGAGCUGUUCACAAUCUCUGGGCUCCGCAGCCACCCGCUCGUUCUUUUUCUGGGUGUGCCAGGAUCCUGCCCAACCUUGCCCCUGGUUCACAGUUUGAGCUCAACCCCCUCCUGAGCCUCUGCCUGGGCCAACUUCGCGCCCCCCCCCUCCCUCUGCCACGGUGACAAGGAUCGGGACUGCUCCGGUAGGAGUUUCGGACGGGUGUCUCCUGGCCUGUCUGUCCAUCCAUCCGUCCAAGGGAGGACCUUGGUGCUGACGGGUGAUGUCUUCCUCAAGAGCUCCCAGCCAUCCAGCAUCCAGCCCCAACGCCUCGGAGGAAGGAGGCCAAGCCAACAUCCCAGAAAUUAUCCGGAAGAAGCGGGAUGGCGAGAAGCUGCAGCCGGAGGAAAUCCGUUACUUUGUGCAAGCUCUCGGCACGGGCAGCUUUCAGGAGGGGCAAAUCGGGGCCCUGCUGAUGGCCAUUCGGCUGCGAGGCAUGGAGGCCGACGAGACGCUGGCGCUGACCCGCGAAAUGGCCGCCUCGGGGAGGACCCUGGCGUGGCCCGAGCAGUGGCGAAGGCUGCUGGUGGACAAGCACUCCACGGGGGGCGUGGGAGACAAAGUCAGCCUGCCCCUGGCCCCGGCUUUGGCUGCCUGCGGCUGCAAGGUGCCCAUGAUCAGUGGCCGGGGCCUGGCCCACACAGGGGGCACACUGGACAAGCUGGAGUCUGUGCCAGGCUUCAAGGUUUCCCAGAGCCCAGAGCAGAUGAAAGAGAUCCUGGAAAAGGUCGGCUGCUGCAUUGUGGAACAGAGCAAGAAGCUGGUCCCAGCCGACAAAGUCCUCUAUGCCCUGAGAGACGUCACGGCCACUGUGGACAGCAUGCCCCUCAUAAUAAGUUCCAUCCUGAGUAAGAAGAUGGUGGAAAGCCUCUCUGCUCUGGUGCUGGAUGUAAAGUUUGGCAGCGCCGCCCUGUACCACACCCUGGAGAGUGCCCAGCAGUUUGCACAAAAUCUGGUGUCCGUCGGAAACCAGCUUGGGAUGAAAACAGCGGCAGUUCUGACCAGGAUGGAUGAGCCCUUGGGCUGUCGGGUGGGCAACUCCUUGGAAGUCCUCGAAGCCUUGCAGUGCCUGGAAGGAGGAGGCCCCGGGGACCUCCGUGAGCUGGUGAUCACGCUAGGAGGCAUCUUGCUGUGGCAGAGUGGGCGGGCUGACUCCGUGCCCGCCGGGGCCACCCAGAUCGGCCAAGUCCUGGACAAUGGCACCGCGCUGCGCACCUUCCAGGCCAUGCUACAGGCUCAAGGGGUGGAGCCCGAGCUGGCCCGAGCCCUGUGCCAGGGGACGGAGGAGCAGCGCCUGCAAGUGCUGAAGCCAGCUGGCACCCAAGAGGAGCUGCGGGCUCUGCGGGACGGGACCGUGCAGCAAAUCCUGGCCUUGCCCAUCGCGCAGGUGCUACACAGUUUGGGAGCUGGCCGGACCCAGGAGGGGCAGCAGAUCAACCACCGGGUGGGCGCGGAGCUGCUGGUCACCAUGGGGCAGCAAGUGAGGAAAGGAACUCCAUGGAUCCGCAUCCAUUACGAAACCCCCCAGCUGAGCAACCCCCACCGAGGCACCUUGCAGAAGGCCCUGAUUCUGGGGGACGCGGAGCCCAUCGCCCCCAGCUCAAAGGUGGUGAAGAUGCUUCUUUCUGCUGAAGAGUCAGCAGCGACUGGAUCACAGGGAGAGAGAGGAGGGAUCCCUGAGAAAUAGCAGGCCCUGGAUCAACGAGCAGAAAGACCCUGGUGGCAGCAACUCGUGGGGCCCCAGUCUUGGACCAAGUGUCUCUUACAGGACCCCCAUUAGCCAGGAUCAGAAAAGGUGGUUUCUGCAAGAGGCAGCUCACAAAAGAUUUCCAUGGUCUCCCUCGGAAGGGUGGACGGGUGGGAUAGACCUGAAGGGCCAGGUUGGGGAGAUAUCAUCCUGGAGAAGAUCUAUCUAUAUGGUCAUUAAGAGAUGACCCUAACUUGAUGCCCCCAUCCUCAUCAGUCAGUUGUGUAUAUUGCAGGAAGAUUGAAACCUGUUAGCGGUCCUUCAGCACCAACUCAUUUGUGUCAAUAAAUGCUACCAUCCUGUGAUUACCACCAUCAAA